CCCCAAAAAAAACCCCGUCGUCCUUGGCUUUUAAAAAAAUAUAUAUAUCACAGUCGGCCAAUUGAACUCCGCCGUGUUAUCUUUUAUCAUCAAGAGCCGAGCAACAAGCUGCGGUUUGUCUUUAUCCUGCUGAAUCAUCACAACGACGUGUUCUGAGACGCGCUCAGCAUCCACCCCGAAAUAUGGCACCGCCGGACAAAGGUCUGCUCGGCGGAUAAGGGGGUCGAUGUUUAUCGCCGAGCCCGCCGUCGUUGCGGAGCCCCCCCCCCCCGCGAGUCGGUCAUCGAGCCACGAGCUGAAGUGAUGAUGACCAUCAUGCAGUUCAUCAAUAGUCUCCUCCACAUGCGGCGGGGAAUGUGCAUUGUUAUUGCCGCGCUGUCAUGGUGUGCACCAACAAACGGCGCGAGUACAUUUGAGACGAAGUGCUCAUGGUGUCGAGUGCGAUGUCAAAUCCAUUUUUGAAAAAUGCAUGAUAAGCAAUUUAUUAUGCUGUUAUAAUGGAGCCUUGCAACCGGUGACUUGUUUAAAUUGGGUCAUGCGUAAUUGUGGGAUUAUGAUGAGUUGAGAACAACAUCUAGUUUUUUCUAAUGUUUAAGAUAAAACGCUGGAUGAAUAUAGAAGUGCUCUGAUAUGUGUGGCUUGCUUUUAUACACCUUGUAUUUCCAUUAUGCUAAAUACUAAAAGGGAACCAGCUUCUCUGUGACAUUAUUUAAUACAAAGAAACAUUUCUCUCCUCGUAUUUUAGGCCGGCAGAUGCUCUUGUUUCCCCGAUGAAAUUUAUCGCCCAUUAGAGUGCAAUGCUUAUGGAGGGCAGGUAAUGAAUUACCCAUGGAGAAUCUCCGUGCAGUUUAAAAAGUCACCUUGGAAACUGUUGAGCAUAUAGAGGCAGGGCUUAACCGAUAGAAGUUCCCCAUUCUUGCUCCAAUAUUCAACUUAUUUCAUCAUCUCUGUUCAUGCGAGCAGGGCACUGAAGUGUGCUUAGCAGACAGGCCGGCCUCACGUCAGAAGCUCGGCUUUGCAAUAAAGCGUAGUGCCCAACUCUGCCUUUCUCGCCAGGUAACAAGAACAGAUGAGGGCCCAUAUGAGAGCCCAUUGGGGAUGGCGGUGGUGUUCGGAUGGAGGCAGGGAGUGGCGGGGGAUCAGCCCCCCGAGAUUUAUCGCCUCUUGCGUUGUGGGAGCGGAGAUAAAAUAAGACUGGAUGCUACAGAGGUGAAACGGGUGCACAAUUCAUACCCAGUGGCGUUUCUCAGAAUGGGCAGGAGGUGGAGGAGGAGGUGGGAGAGGAUAUGUGAGGUUGAUGAAACGCGAGGCAAGACUUUAGAGUACAGUCUGGCCACCAACUCCUCUGUCUGGCCAACGCAGCUGUGCCUUGGGAGUAGUUACGCCUAUUCAGGACAAUUAAUAGCCUCAAGAAAGGAACACAAAUGUGGGAUUUGUCCACAAAAGUGCUGUUUAAGCUUCACGGGGAAACGGGAAUGCCUGGAAGGAAGGGAGAAAGAGAUCAAUAUUUAUUUUCUUCUCCCCCAUUUCUGCAAUAGGGAGGGAAUGUUGGUGAUGAAACCUCUUGCAAGUGUGGUGCAGAUUAUGAUUGCUUAGCGUUGCGAUAUGCCCACUCCACUUCUCAAAGUACUACUUUCAUCCAGACAGAGUAGCAAGUGUGUUUGAUGAUUUUUCUGUUUGAGUUAGACUUUGCAUGUUCAUUACUGUCCUCUGUGUGCUCACAAUUUAGAUUAGCCAAUAUCGGACAGAGCGUGGUGUGCACAAGUGCAGAGCGGCUCUCUGGUUGCAUGUUUUCAUGUAACCUACUUUUGUCUUGGCUGAUUUAUGUGCGGGACAGAUCGGUGGUAAACUGACAUUAAAAACAACAGAUUCAACCAUUGUAGCACAUGCAUGGGGCAAGGUUCAAAUGAAACUAGUCAAUCACACAGGAAAUAAAAUCAGUUUUUGUCUUUUGGAGACAAAAUUAUAUUGUUGUUUUUGUGUUCUGGGCUGAAAAUGUAUUAAUGUAUUGUAAAUGUAUUUUAAUAAGGUUAAAGAUGGUGAGACCUUGUUCUGAGUGAAAAUCCCAAACAAAAGGGUGUCCACUUUUUAAAGAACUAGGUUUGUAAUCUAUUCCAGUAUUUUGAGCUUUUAGUUCAAACUAAAAUAUGUGAGGAAGUUAACUUGCGGUUGGAUCCACACUUCGCAGUGAUAAGUUGAUGUAGAUUAAUAUUCUUGGUACUGAAUUAUCAAUCAGUCUGUAUUGUGAAAUGACGUCAUUGCAUUUUCUUUUUGACAAUCACAUUUGAGUUUGAGGCUUCAUCAAAUAUCCUGUAGGCAGACAUCAUCAAUCAGGUGUCAUCAUUUGAACUGAAUGGUGUCUGACAAUGUUAUUAAUAGAAAUUAGCAUCUUUGUUAUUUUCAGGUGAUAACUGCCAGUGUACUAUUUGAACCAAAGCACUCCACAGGAAGAGAAAAAAGAAAAGAAGAUGAUUUGUUUUCUUUCUUUCGUUUUAAUUUACUGAUUCUGCUGAGCUCUGUUUAUUUCAUAGCCUGAGGGAUGUUUCGCUUGAAGAGAAUCCACCUCAAUUGGUAGCUGUGCAGCAGUACUAAUCAUAAACGUGACUUAUUGCAGUAUUAUUUCACCUCGGAUUUUGCAUUAAAAUGGGUUGAACUGCUGCAGUUUAGCCUUCUGUGCUGCAAAGGCCGCAUUGUAGCUAUUACAUGGAAGCAAUAUGCAUUUGAUAUGUAUGCAACCAGCGUAGUAAAGCUCCUGGAUAUUUUGCCAAUGUGUGGGUCGGCUGCAAUCCCUGCUUCCUCUGCCAGUGCGGGGCCGAGGUAUCAAGAGCUAUUCUCUUCCUGUUUAAUCAGGUCCUCCAGGCAGAUAAUGUGGAAGACCAAUGGAGUCUCUUCUCUUGCCCUGCUGCUUAGGCUAACAGAGCAGCUCCAACAGUAAACAGCAGGCACUCUGCGUGGAAAUGGAUUCUGUAAAUAUCGAAACAUUGGUUAACGCAAACCAGUGCACCCCGAGUCCCUUUAAAUAACCCUCGCAUUACAAGUGACUUCAGAAAAUACAAAAUCCCUUGAGGGCAGUGAUUCAUGUUUUCACUUUAAACCACAUGAACUAGAUGCAAAUUUCCAACGUAAAUGUGCCACAUGCUCUCCUGCAUGGUACAACCCAUAAAGAUCCAUAUGGGGCUUUUUCAGAGACAGCAAUUAUCAAAGUGCAUCAUUUUAUAGCAUCUAUUUUUAAAUUGUGGCACACAAUCAGUGCUAUUUGUGUAUGUAAACCUCUGUAGAAACGUGUUUAAAAAAUAGGUACACAAUAUUGACAUGUUCUCUGCUUACUAAUUGUCUCUAUCUGCUUAAAUCUUUUAGACUGAUAUGAAAGGGAGCAAAUGCCUUGAUAGUGUUUGAUUUUCAAUUUUUUUAAUUUUACAAACACAAGAAUUAGACAGUAGAAUUUAUUAUUCACCUAAAGCCAUUUAUCUUAAUCCAGAAAGGCUAUAGUAAUCUUAGUGUAGGAGUAAUGUUACCUAUUUAGCAUAUUUAGCUGCUUCAAAAGUCCAAUAUAAGAGAGAUGCAAUUUAAAUGCAUUAAUUAAACCCCACCUUUUUCAUUGCCAAUUGUAAUGUAAUUUGAUAAAUGAGACAUUCUCGACUUUCUCAUUGCCUAUAAUUGCCUUUGGACUGACUUCUAUGUAAAAAGGGCAGAUUUUCUGUGAAAAUCCAGAGGAUUUGCCGUCGAUGCUCACUCCUGAUGUUCCCCUCCAACAGAGUGCAAUGUUAGCUUACAUUAGCUAAGAAAGGGAGUCCUCUAACGUUAGUUAAGCCAACUAGUUAAGUCUCGCAUUGCCAGACCGAUAUCUCCAAACUUUGUCGUAGUGCUGUGUUAAUGCUCGUGAGGGAAACAUAAUCUACGGUCUAAAAUAUAGUUUGUAGUUGUUUUAUUAAAAACAUUGAAACAUCCAGUCUCUACUAAGUCUUAUCGCUGUUUUGGCCGAUUCCCGAGACGCUCGCUCACGUCUACUUAUGGAUGGGUGCAGUUCACUUAAUGGCCACCAGUGACAUUAAUAACAAGUAUUUUUGAAUAUUACACGUGUAACCUUUUAAGUUUAAGAACCACUAUUAUAAUAGUUAAUGGGAAUUUUUUCAAUAGAGUACAUUGUACAGUGCUUUGUACAAUUAGAAACAUGAAGGCCACCAAAGCCAAUUUUUCCCCCCUGUUUUCUGUUACGCAGCAGAUGGCAUUUCAAUCUUCUUUGUUUUAAAUUGUCAUUUGCAGUAUAUUGAAAACACCUGCAGGGAGUAUAUGAAUCCUUUUUGAUGAAACAUAAAUCCCAAAGUUGGUUUCAGAACAUGUACUAAUGUUGAUUGUAGCAUUUUACAUUGUACUCAACAUCUGUCUAUUCAUUUAGCCCGGACACAUCAGCAGAGCAAUACCAGGAUGAUGACAAACAAAAUGCUGACAAAAUUAUUUUUCUCUAUUUUUUUGUACGCAUGUUUGUAAGAGUUGUGAUAUGAUUUUGGUUUCUUAAUCUUUCAACAUUUCCCUAAACCGGGUCAAAAGCAUUGGCUUAGUAUUUCCCCUCAACCAUACAAGCGUAUCACAUUUCCCCCUGAAAGCUGCUGAAUGAUUUCCCCUCUCCCCCUUUUUGUCACUCUUAUUUCACGCUCUGAAUACUUAGUAGAUAAUAGCUUCCCUCCCCUCUUCCAGUCAUACCUUUCUCUCCCACAGACACGCUUUACACACUGUUGUCUCCAUACACAAGUUUACACCAGUCUUCCAGUAACUCUCCUAGAGCUAUCAGAGGAGUCUGGUUCUUAAUUUGCAGUUAAAUGGCGCCCGACACAUGGAGCUUGCUUGAUAAUUGACUUCACUCAGCUGUUGGGAGGAAUGAUUAGAUCUGAAUAUCUAAGCGAUCUUUUCAACUCUGAAUUGGAAGGGAGGGAGUAAAAAGUAGUGACUCUGAUCAGGCAUGAAGUGUUGAGAACGACUAUUUAUGGCAUGCGGGGCGAACAUGUUGGCUGGCUGCGUUGAGAAUCUCAACCCUGAAAGAGCAAGUGGAUGGGAAAACAAAGAAGCGCCGACUAUGAAUUACUGAGUAAUGAGACUGCUGACGUUUCCUUUAUUUUUCACAUACUUUUGUGCUUUUUUUUAUUAUCUUUGUGGUUAUCAUCACUCUUGUUUCCUGUGGAAAGUCCAUGAUAAUGGGGUGAGAGACUACAAGUCUCAUACAUUAUUGAUCGGGGGAAACUGAAUAGGUGAUCAUACUAACUCCACAUCCAGCUCUCUUCUUUUUUGUUGUGUUAAUUGUCCGAGAUGUGCAGGUUUUUGCAAAGAUUGGUGCUUAACCAUUCUGUCACCUAAGGCCUGAUUUACUGAUCUGGUCCAUAGCGCCAUAGCUGUAAAGACCUUUACAAAUCUGGUCUGGUCAUAGCAGACAAGAUUUAAAUUGGGUGUGUAAGCAAAAUGAGAUGCAUUGUGUCUCUUUUUGGCGUGAAAUAAACAGUUUGGUGUGAAAUAGUAUUCAGCUGUUGAUUUCACAGAACUGAGUUGCCACUGUUGGAUGCUGCCUGUGCUUUCCCUGAAAAACAAGUCUUUCAUCAGCAUGCACGUCCACUGUCUAGUUUUAUUCACUUCAUUAGCAAGGCGCCAGUGCCAAGUGCUUGGCUGUUCAUUUCAAGAAUUGAUCAUGACAAGUUAAAUUUAUAUCUGCUUGUGUGGUUUGGGUGAUCUGUCUCUGUGUGGAUGCAUGUGAUCAGUUACCUGAUGUGCAAUCCGCUGUCAUGUCUCGGGUAAAGCUCGCACCCCAUUAGUCCUCCCCGGCCGUGUUUAGUAUUCCGAGAGCAGGCGCUGUCGUAAUCUGGAUUCUGAGGCAGGUUGCUGGGGUUUUUGUUUGCACUUAUGGGCCUGAUAAUCUUGUUACACUGCUGUCAAGUGGAGCUGGCUCCCCCCCGCAGCCCUCAGCCACCACGCUUGCCACCUUCAGUACCAGAAAUCCAACCCCCCCGCCAGCCUACCACCAUCUUAGAGACAACCGUUGAUGGACGAGCCUUGGAUGUAUCCUUGAAGAAUCACCUCCUGAGCAUCUUUAUUCAGCCUCCCGCUUCCGCCCCCGUCUCCCACCCCCCACCUCAGGCAGUGAACGACAGUGAUAAAUAUUCAUCAGGGGAUGCGAUGCGUGGAUGCUGUAGCCUCGAUUCCCCCUCAACAAAGGGUCCCCUAGCUAAUGGUGUCCAUCCUUGGCUGCCCCCCUGGAGAGAUUCUGUGAUGGUGAUGAGAUCAUUAAAACAUGACACAGGCUCAAGGCCGGACCUAUCAUGUCACAUCAGCAUUUAUCCCACCAGAGGUUUUUUUUUGGCCCCCACUUGAGUCUCAACCUAAGGCAACCCCACCUUCAUGAGCUGCCCUCCGCAGAUUUAGAUGAACACAGACAGCUUCUGAAGGUUGGCUGGGUUUUUCUCAUCGUGUUAGUUCAACUUCACAACUUCCUAAUUGGCACCUUGGUUUUGGUCCUUGCUGAGAUCAGUAUUUUUUUCCUCUCUCGCAACCUGUUCUUCUCAAGCUCCUCCAAAUGUGUCGAGCAUGCACUUUUCACAAGGCUGUUUGCUCUCUCUCUCUUUUUUUUUAUUCUUCUCGCCCUCUCUUUCCCUCUCUCUUUUUCUGUCCGUCUCUCUCACCCAUCCCCUCUUUGCCUUUCUCUGGGUGACCACACUCAGCAUUUUCUAUUUCCUGUGGGUGUGAUGUCUCUCCUCCACAAGCAAUCAGCUCUGAUUUGUCAGCAUUCUUCCUGGCGAUUCAUAAAAAUUCAGCAUGCUCCUGAAAAAGACGUCUGUGUCCCCCAUGCUUGCCCCUGUACCUGCACUAACUCCAAGCCACCGCUUUCACCUCCUGCUCCAUUUUGCUACAGGCGCACACACGCAGAACACCUGAAAUCAUUCACAGGAGCUAAUACAUGUGUGUCGACCGUACUUGAUUGUGACCACGAUGAGGGCGAAUAUGUCAAAUGCAAGGGCAUUCUCUUGCAAUCAAGUCUGAAACUGCCCCGUCACUUUUUAAUUUUUUUGGGGAAAUUAUAGGUGUGUUUUUCCUCUCUUUGCCUCUCAGUGUUUGUCUCUGCGAGGUAUGACAUGCCUGGUCGUGGAAGGGAGCAGCUGUGCAUUGGACCUUGUCUGUGUUGUGCUGCCAUGCCCUGUCAUUGGUAGCCGUCUGUUGGCAGCAGCUAGUGCUGGAGGGCUGCAGCCUGGGCACAGUCCUUUCCACAGUGUCAUAUGACCAACCAGCAGAACAGGUGGACUCGUGGCAUGACUACCACACACAAGGGAAACAAGGCCUUAAAGGUGAAGCGGGAGCCCGGGGAAAAUGGCACCAGCCUGACAGACGACGAGCUGGUGACCAUGUCCGUGCGGGAGCUGAACCAGCAUCUACGGGGGCUCACGAAGGAUGAAAUCCUGCAGCUGAAACAGCGGCGACGCACCCUGAAGAACCGGGGCUACGCGGCCAGCUGCCGGGUAAAGCGUGUCACCCAGAAAGAGGAGCUGGAGAAGCAAAAGGCUCUACUACAGCAGGAGGUGGACAAGCUGGCCACAGAGAAUGCCAGCAUGAAAGUGGAGCUGGACGCUCUGCGUUCAAAGUAUGAGGCCCUCCAGAGCUUUGCCAGGACUGUGGCCCGCAACCCUGUCACCUCAGCCAGGGGACCCAUGGCCUCCGUCAUAGGGCCCCUCAUCCCUGGUAAAGGAGGUGCAACCAGCGUCAUCACCAUCGUCAAAUCCAAAACGGAGGCUAGGUCGUAGUAGCAGAAAAUGGCAGGAGGAAAAAUUUUCAAGACUAAACUAGUCAGUGCAUUGUAACAAGGCGCAGGAUUACCUGUGUUAGUUUUCCGUUUGACCCCUCGGCACUAACGCUACUAACAUGCUUCCCAAUGUCAGUCUUAAAAGUACGACUCAGCAGUCUGCACUCAUCAACAGACACGUCGUGCCGUAGGGCGACACAAUCGGAUUGUACAUUUUAGGAUCUCACAUUCGGUUAUUUGAUAACGGUGAAACAUUGUCAAUACUAAAACAUUUCAUUUAUAAAAUGUGAACUAUGGCUACAAAUAUUCAAAGAGGCAAUAUUGGGUGGCGAAAGUGGCGUCGAUUUCAGACUGUUAAUAACCUGUUGAUUUUUGAUGAGGCACUGUUUUUCGGUCUACUUUAAGACUGCAUUCUUCAGACUUUUCCGUCCUAAGAAUUGGAAUUGGAGCCAGCACACAUCUCACUUAAAACCCGUUUGCUUGUUAUUAUGCACUGACUCAAAUUAGGAUAAAUAACAAAUGGUCGCAGACUCCUGGCGUGGAUGCUACAGAUGUCUUCAAAACAGCCGGACUAACCCAAAACUAGUAAAUUAAUCCUGUUUGUGAUGUUGUCGGUCGUCUGUCAAGGAUAUAAGCGUGAAAUAAUGCACCCAAAUCUAGCAUUAAUUUCUGUUUAUGCAUCUGUGACGGGCUUUAAUGAACUUGUCAUUAUCAAUAUGACUGGUAGAUGCAAUAAUAUAUGUAUGCACUGAAAAUACAAAGAGGUCUUGCAUAUUUAUGGUUUAAUGGAAACGUUUUAAAAAUGAUCAGCGGUUCUCGACGAUAUUGUUUCAGAGCCGAGUGCCAUUCCGAUAUGACAAGAUUCUUCUACAAUAUCUGAAAAUCUGAAUGUUUCACAAAAAUAUCCUCAUGUUUCGUGGGGACGGUGAAAUCCACAAACACAUUUUGAAACAUAAUUUCUUCUCAUAGAGAAAAUACGUUCAAGUUGUUUUCUUUUAAAAGAUUAUAUAUACAUAUAUAUAUAUAUAUGUGUGUAUGUAUAUACAUAUAUAUGUAUAUAUAUUGCAUUUUUUUGUAAUUACUUGUUGACAGGGCCCUCAGAUAUUUCCAAAAAGAAAAAAAAAUCUUUACACAAGCUUUACUGUCUUUGAAUUGUUAAGGUGUAGAAAACUUUGUCUAAUGUUGGGUUCUUGAUUUUUAUUACUAGGUAGAUUACCUUCCAUUGUUUAUAGAAAUACAGAAAAAGAAAACAAACAAACAAACGAAAAAAAAAAAAUCCUGUGACAUCUUUUUUGCAAUUGUACCGAAAGUGGCUUACUAUUGAAGUCUGAUAGCUUUUUUCUAGUGACUAGGCGCGUACUGUGGGGUAGCGCGUGACGUGAUGUGUAAGUGACAAGUUGGCAGUGUCGUCCACUGUAUAGAUGUCAAUGCUGUGCUAUUUAAAACAAAUACAAAUCUGUAGAGCUAAACUAGGUGGUGUAAACAAGGUCAAUUGUCUUUGUGCGUAUCGGCAUCUGUGAUAUCCUCUGCUUCCUCGGUGUUAGUUACAAAUCAUAUCGUCAUGAAGAGUUUACCACAUUGACCCGCGUCAGACAGAAUUGGGCGAAAUGGAAUUAAGUGGACAUUAAUUCAAAGGCUCUUUACCCGAAACUUAAAGCGUCAGCGUCGUUACAGAAUCUGAACAAUGGUUGCGCCCUGGAUGCUGGAUGCCCUCUAAAUACAUCCGCCGCAACCUGAAAGUAAAUGACUCCGUUAAUGGGCAGUUUGAAUCGUUGUCUUCACUUCGGCCGCUUAAUUGGUCUGAAUUAGCUCGACUCGGAGGCAGGCCAAUUGAAGAAAAUGUGAAGUUAACAACCAGUUUCAUAGCUUACCUAUGCUUGUUUUUAUUUCUCCAAAAUCUCGACGAUGCAGUUUCUCAAGACAGUAACAGUGAAAUUGCCUCAAUGAACUUACUGCCUAAUGGCGCGGCGUCUCUCGUGUAGAUUAUUACCCACUGGUCUUCAGAUUGUCAGAUUAAAAGAGUUUGCCUGAUGGUUCCGUAUGCACUAAGCUGCUGCUUGUUUUGCUCAGGACAAAACAGGUCACUCUGGAAAAAAAUGAACACACCAUUCUAGGUGAAAAGCGGGGAUGGCAGCUCUGUUCAUUUUCUUUUUCUUCUUCUUUUUUUAAAUGAUAAUAAGCAUGUCAUAAAGGGCUUCAAUCCACACUCGGAAAAACAGACACCGCACGGACACAUUGUAGAAUUACAAUCGACCACAGCUGCCAGCGGCGCUGCUCCUGUGCCAAAGUGUCGCGUCGCUCUCCUGGUCCUCUGAAAGGAAUUUUAACAGUGAAGCAGUUUUACACCUCAAGGUGAAAGGAGCUGUGUAAUGACAUUAACAGAAUGCACUUCAUCCACGUCCCUCACACGCUCUCUCUCUCUCUCCUGCUGGUCAGAACGUCUUACAGUGUCGGCGGCGAGGUGUUGAUGUACGGUCACUCAGCAGAACUCCAUGCCAUAGAACCCGACGGGUGGCGCUGGUUAUAUUGUCUGCGCGCAAGUAGCCUACGCUCCCCUCAUUUCGUCAACAUGCUUAGCUGUCUACACUGAUGGGUUAACUGUGGGGGAGGGGGGGAGGGUAUGUAUCUGACUCUUGACAUAGCCCAGUAUUGAUGUUGCCGUCGUUAUUGCUGUGGCUGUCUUGUGGAGUGAAUCUUUUUUCGUGUCAAGUGUCUUUAAGGUGUCCGAGCGGCACCGUCGACCAAUCUCUCAAUCUCUGCUAGAGAUGACGUCUCUCUCUCUUUCUCUCUCUCUCUCUCUCUCUCUCUCUCUCGCCCUCUCUCUCUCACACACACAUACAGGUGUACAGUAUGUAGCUACAGUAGGUAUUAAUCACCAUUGUGAAAAGUGACCCUUAAUAUGCAACUCAGUGGAAAGGUGUGAAAGAGUAGAUGUAAAAGUAAUCAAUAUCGUCGAAGUGACUAUGGUCUGUUAUUUAAUAAUGUUUUGUAGUCUUCUUUUUUAAAUGUUUCAUUUUGCCCCUCAGACUUUGCAUCUCUGGCCCUUGUUUAUAGCAGCUCACAUGUUGAAACUGUACCGGUGUGUAGUGUUUGUUUUAAAGGAAUCGCGGGGCGGUUGCACUCGAGCCUUACUCCCGAAUUAUUCUGCUCUUAAAUUAGCUGAAUUGCAGAUCCAUAAAUCGGACUUGGAUGUCUGACUGAAAGAUACUGCUGUAAUUUACAGUGUGUUAGAUUUUGUGAAAUGGAUGCUACUGUAGAUUCUGUCACAGGGGCCUCUUGCAAUAUCUGGUGGGGUUUUUUUGAUCUUUCCCUUUGGUAUGCCUGGUUUUGUCAGUGUGUGUGCGCGCAUGUGUGUGCGUGAUUGAGGUUCCUCUGCUGCUACACCAGUCAUUAAUGCUCGUCGUUCGCUGUAGCACCACUCGCAGCGUUUCUGCUCUCAUUACAUGUUGAGUGUGUUAUUUGGAAUUGAUCUUAACACUGUAAUUUGUUCUGCAGAUUUACUUUUUUAAUUGGUUGUGGCUAUAUUAUUUUUUCUUCUUGUUUUUUUUUUUCACAAGCAACGUGUUAGAGAGGAUAAGUAACAGCACUUGUGUGGCAGUUCAAUUUAAUAGCUCCCGAGACAUGGGCUUUUUUCACGAAAUUAUGCUUUGUAAACAGUCGACUGUGCAGGUUUCUCCUGAGUGGGUCUGUGUUUCAAAGGUAUAAGAAUCUGACUAAAGCGAGUAAGACAAAGUUAAUAAUGUGUUUUUGUUAAUUUUUCUGUAUGGGUUGUAAUAAAAUAUUGCAGUACUUUGUAUGAAAACAGACAAUAGUUAAUUGUAACUAUUUAUAAAUUAAAUUAUUGUACUUUUUGCAAUCUGUAGAUAAGUACUAUGUAUUCAUAUAUACAGUAACAACUGUGGAUUUAAACGUGAUUCUCCGAGGUGUCUAAGUUAUUGAUGUAUAUAUUGUAUGUUUGUUGAUACAGCUUACUUUAUUUUCUAUAAGACCAAUAAAAUGUUUUGAAAAAGGA